UUCUUCCGACCUUUGGAAUAUAAGAAAUUAGAAUUUCUGACAUUUGCAGGAGAGAAAAAGAGGGAGGGACACAGAGGACGGGUUUAGAUCACAUCAGAGCAUCUAUAGUGAAAGGUCAACCAGCUGGGCAUUUGAGAGAACCAAGGACAGACAGAACGAGACACUGCUGGACGAGAAUCUGUAUUUCUUUGGGCUUUGCGGGAAAGUUUAGUAUGAAGUUUGAGGAUCUCUUAGCAGAGAUCGGUGGCUUUGGACGCUUCCAGAAGCUAAUCGUUUUUCUCAGCUUUAUCAGCCGAUUCACCCUUCCGUGUCACUUCUUGCUCAUCAACUACAUUGGUGCCAUUCCGUCUCACCACUGCGACGUCAGUUUUCUGGACGCUGAAGGUGUUUUCGGGAAUUUGACUCAGGAGCAGAAACUUACUGUCAGUAUUCCGAAAAACGAAGAUGGGACGUUUGCUUCCUGUCACAUGUUCGCUGAACCUCAGUUGCAGCUACUGGAUACCGAAUCAAACUCCACAAACGUUCCACUGAUUCAGUGUCCAAACGGAUGGGAAUAUGACAACAGCACCUUCAGUAGUACUGUUUCCACACAGUGGGAUCUGGUGUGUGAGAAGAAAGGGAUGACUAAAGCAGUAGCAACCAUCUUCUUCAUUGGAGUCAUGUUUGGAGCAGCCAUAUUUGGAAGCCUAAGUGAUAGAUAUGGUCGUAGGGUGAUGCUCCUGGUGUCAUACAUUGUAGGGAUGACCUUUGCAGUGGCCAGUAUUUUCCCCUCCUCCUUCACCAUGUUUGCAGUACUGAGGUUUUUCACUGGCCUAGGCAUCAAUGGCAUUGUCAUCAUAACCAGUGUGCUAAAUGUGGAGUGGGUGGACAUUGAGAGCAGAAAGAUGGUGGGGGUGAUUGAAAGCAUGAGCUGGACUUUUGGCUACAUGGUGCUUCCUAUCUUAGCGUACGGCGUGAGAGACUGGAAGUGGCUGACGAUCACUGUCACCUCACCUCUCAUUAUUGCCAUAAUCUCCUGGAGAUGGCUUCCAGAGUCGGCUCGGUGGCUAAUAGCUAACGGAAAGGCAGAGAAAGCUCAUUUUUACAUGAAGAGAUGUGCCGUCAUGAACAAGAGGAAAGCAACCACUUCCAGCUUGAAACCAGAGGUUCUAUCGCAUAUAGUUUCAGAAAAAGGAAACAGGAACUACUCAUAUUUGGAUCUCAUGAGGACUCCUAAAAUGAGGAGACUGGCUUUUCUGACUGGAUUUACCUGGUAUGGGGUCGCCUCCACAUACUAUGGCAUCAGCUUUAACAUCAAAGGCUUUGGGCUGGACCUUUACCUAACCCAGUUCCUGUAUGGAUUUGUGGAGUUACCUACUAAGAUCUUAGUGUACUACCUGCUUGACCGGAUUGGACGCCACAAAACAGAGGUUGGAGCGCUGCUGCUGGUCGGGUCCUGUUUGCUUGUAAAUGUAUUUAUAACCAAAGAUCAAUGGAUAGUCCGCACAGUGAUAGGAGUGCUGGGUAAAGGCUUUGCUUCUAUGGCCUUUUCAACGCUUGUACUGUACAGCUCUGAGCUGUACCCAACUGUCAUCAGGCAGAACGGGAUGGGCUAUAACUCCUUCUUGGGUCGACUGGGUGUGGCUAUAGCCCCGAUGAUCCUCCUAUUGGAUGAAGUAUGGGGUCACCUGUCCCAGGUGAUAUUGUGUGCCAUUGCACUAAUCACUGCUCUGGUCGCUUAUCAGCUACCUGAGACACGGGGGAGGUGUCUGCCUGAGACUAUAGAGGACGUGGAAGGGAGCAGGAUGGGCCAAUUUGAAACCCUAAUGCAGGAGAAGGGAAAAGAGGAACAAGAAAAUGAGAAAUGAGAAGACGGAAAUAAUAUCACAUCUGGCAAACUUCACGCAUUUCUAAAUGAUCAGCUAUUUGCAUUUGUCCCCUUUUUUGUAUUUAUGUUUAUUAGCACCAAUUAGUACUGAAUAAGCAGGCAGAUUCACUGGAGCAUUCUUGAGAAUUAAUUUAUUUCAUUAUAUUCAAAAGGGAUGCAAAUUUUAUGAAAAAAAGAGUGUUUGGGAAAUGUUAUGAUUAUUUUAUAUGUUUGCUUUUUCAAUAGAAAAAUAAAGUGUACAUGCUUUCAAAUAGGGAUUCACAAUGAUAUUUUGGUUGGCCAGCCUGCUGUCCCUGACUGGGUCACUGACUCACUGACUGGCUGACUGACACCUAUAGUUGGAAAACUCAUGGUUGUCGCUAUGCACCUAAUUAAAUAAUGUAAGAUAAUCACCCCUAUUGCUCAUCCUCUACUUAUGAAGGGCCAACUGAGCUGAAAACACUUUUAUUUAAUCAUGUCAUGUGUCUUAAAAAAAAACAACUUCCUAAUAAAGGAUGCCCUAAUCCAGUGGUAAUUCCAGGUAAGGAUAAAAUCAUUAGGCACCAUUACAGGACCACUAAAGAAUAAGAUUUUGAUAGAUCAGUCACUUUUUUAUGAAUUAUCUUUUGUAAAGAGUUACACCAAUGUAACAUUAGCUAUUUUGUAAGCUAUAAUGCUAGUGUUAUUAGAAUGACUGAUUUUGCACUCAUUUUUACACUUGCAAGGAAAAUGGCAAUUUUGCUUGACUUUACCCGAUUUUUAUCUAACUGUAGAUAUUUUCGUGUGUUUGUAUAUGAUUAAAUCAUUUUAAAGUCUAUAAUCAUGCUAAUAACACUUGUAGAGACCUGGCUAUAGAGCUUGCUAAAUCAAUUUUCAAGGACUUAAUCAUGAGGCAGCAGUAUGUACAGCAUGUCAAUAUUGAAUUAUCAAAUCCAUAAGGAACACAGAUUUAUCCACUCUUGUAACUCACAGCACUGGAGAACCUGCUGGGUCUACUUUUUUAGUUCAUUUUAAUUUGAUAUAAUAAUGUGGCCUGUUGUAUUCCAACUCUGCAAGUACUGCAGUACUAUUCUUAUUUCAUUUUUAAGUUUGUCCUAGAAGCUAAAGGGUUCGAUUAAAUGACACAGAAGAGGAAAUUACCCAGUCAGAUUUCUUCACUAGAGCAAGUGUUCCCAUUGGUUAGGACUACAGAACCUGACAUAAAGGUCUAACGUGUCAGACGAACCGCUAACAUAAUUAAGAACUGAUAAUAGAAUCAACACAUUCGACUUCCAAACAGUGGGACUAGGUCCGUGAGAAAGGCCUUCUGAAAGUCCUAGAUACUAUGACUGUGAAUACACGUAGCCAUGCCUUUCAGUCAGCUGUUAGAAAUGGAAAACAGUGGCAACAGCUCUAUGGCAGGACUCUUUACUGAAUCACUAUAAAACUGCUACAAAAUAAAUAAUGUUAA